UUCUAGAAUAUUUAUCGUAACUUCCGGAAAUAAAAGUAUGGCUGCCUGUGUGUUUGGAUGUCGAGCAGCAAAAAACGUGCUGACGAGCCCAAUUCCUCUUAGAGUUUCAGAAUGUGUCCGUGGUUUGAUCAUCAGCAAUGUACAGAUUUUGUCUGCUGGAUGUUGUGGAACACUUCUUAUUUCCAGGAAUACAAGUUUUUAUACCAAAUUGACUGCUGAAGAAAUAUGGAAAGGUAUUGCUGGUCUGAGUAAUCCUGGUCGGAAGCGUGGCCGAGGCAGGAAAGGAGGGGCCAAAAGAAUUGUUGAUCUCAAUCGAGGCCAAAUGAUAGGGGAAGGAGCCAAGAAAAUGGUGUGGCCAGGUCUGAAUGCACCUGUCAUGAAAGGGAGAGAACUUAUUAAAAUAAAAGAGUUGGCUCCAGACCCAAAUCGGAUAGACAAGCUCUUAGAAGCAAGGAAGAAGGACUCGCGAGCGUUUCGCACAUUCAAGAUUCCAACGUUACAAAGAGGCUGGUCUGGUAACAAGUUUCCUGGCAUGAGCAUUGGACCACCUGAUCCCGUCACUGACUAUUCUUUUGAAGGUUUUGACACUCGUGUUUUGGAGUUGAAACUCGUUGCUAAUAUGACUGGUAAUUUUGGAAGGAAGCAAAGAUUUAGUGCCUUUGUUGUUACGGGUAACAAGCAAGGCUUGGCAGGUUAUGCUCUAGCAAAAGCUCCAAACAUACAAGCAGCUCUUCGCAAGGCUAAAAAUGUAGCUGCCCAGCAUUUACAGUAUGUUGAGUUGUACAAGAACCAUACAGUAUUCCACAAUUUCUACACUAAAGAGGAGCAAACAGCCAUCAUGGUUAGAAAGGAAUCAGAAGGACAUGGUCUGGUGUGUCACCGAGCACUGAAGACAAUCUGUGGGGUGAUAGGAAUCAAGGACAUGUAUGCUAAAGUUGAAGGGUCAACUGGAAACAUCCAGCGCCUGACCAAAGCUUUCUUUGAUGGCCUCAGAAAACAGGAGACCCACCAGGAGCUUGCAGACCGAUUGAAACUGCACAUCGUUGAACUGCGUGAAGACAUGGACAACAUUCCUGUGGUGGUUGCCUCGCCGAGUGACGGCAGCGUCAGAACCGAUCCUGUCGAGGAAGAAGAUCUCAAAUUUGAAAACCUCUACUUCCGAGGACGAGUCCCAUACAUCAGACCCAAGCCGCGGCCCUUCUUCGAGUCUCUGCCAUCCUGGAGAGUCAAGAGAUUUCAACUGUACAAAAUCCGCAACCAGGCUGCAUGUCAGCAGGAAAGGAAACUGUAUGGCAUGGAACCAUCCAAUGAAGAAUUUCAAAGACGUCAUCGACCUCUGAAAGCUUCAAGAGAGGUGUGAGUGUGUACAGACUGAAAUACUGUAACAUUUCUAACAGACUUUUGAUGCCAUACUGGAAAAAGAAACAUUUCAAUGUGAUCAAAUGUUGUUUAAUUUAAACUAAAAAUACUAAGUAGAAUGGAAAAUGUAUUGAUUUUAAUACUGUAAAUAUAAUACACAUUAUAAAUGUUAUUGUAACAAUGAAGUACAGGUACGUCUGUAGUAAGUGGUCUGUAAGUGUUUUUGUAGGUACUCCCAUCAGACACUGCUGCAGUUUCUGUCUUCAGCUGCUUGUUAUUAGAUUCACAUGUGGAGCUCAUCUUGAUUGUUAAUAUCAGAAUACUAAGUUGAGGAUCACACAGAGUAACAGCAAAAUGGUGACUGCAGUCAAAAAACCCAAUCCGUAGUGUCAGAAAUCGACUGUGUUACCGACAGUCAAUGAAUUCAACACUACUGACAUAAUUUUGUAUGAAACACAAAUAUUAGUAUGCUAGUACUGAAUUAAAUUUGGUCUAGAA